AUGCCGAAUAGAUUUAUUGAUUCUCAGGUUAAUGUCUGUUUAGUGGUCAAGCGAAAAGGGAGUGAAAAGCUGGGUGAAUAGUGAAAUAUGGGCUGCAAAACCUCUUCUUCAGUCACGCCAGACAUCGAACAAAUUGCCAAUCAAAGCAGAGCCAUUAAUGUUAAGGAUGGCGAAACAUUUGAGAAUGCCUUUCAGAAGCUGGAUGAGGAGAUCUUGCUACUGGAGAUGCGAUGUCCAGGAGCCAGAUUAGCCACAGCAGAAGCCUGGGUGGAACAUCUUGAGAGCCUGAAAAGACAAAACGAGCUUCCGAUUGAUUUCUCCGAUGAUCCCUUCACUGUCCAAGACACGAAACCGUCUCUAAGCAGCGAGAAAGAGGAUCUUCACAAGGUCCGUACUAUUGCUCUUCAGCUGGGAAUCACUGUCGAUGGAAGAAAAGCAGUUGAACAAGAGGAAUUCAUGGCCAAAGUGAGUGCGAGAUCAAUACAUAUCACUGAUGAUCAGCUGCAUUUGGAGAUGAUUCAGCAUGGUGAACAGAGAAUUGAGGAUUUGAAGCAGGAAUUCACCAGGUUGAAAAGUCUUUACGAAGAACAGGAUGGACUUUGGGCUUCAAUCACUGGAGGAAUUUACAGUUCUGCUCUGGAAGAGAGACUCGAGCGGGAAUUGUCUGAGGCUCGCCAAAUGCGUGACAGACUCGCUUCUGUGGCUGAACAGUGGAGAACUUCCGGAGCUUUGCUUCAGGCAGCCACAAAGUGUUCACAGCAAGUUAUUCAGUAUUGGAACUUAAUUCCUCUCACCCGGAAGAUGGACGAUAAAUUGUCUCUGGUUCUGGACUGUCGACAUGCUCUUCAGGCUGCCAUUAAAGCGUACGAAGGAGCACAAAGUGCUCUGCCUCAAGCUGAGAUCCUCCGCAACAGACUUCUGGCGAGCGUGAAGAACGCCAGUUUGUACUUGAUCACUGACAUGGUGAAUGAGAAGAAGUACGAGCAGGCCAAGAAAGCAUUCGAAGACUUCCAGGAGAUUCUGACCGGCACUCUUUCAUGGCUCCAGAACACCUUCUCAGAGAGUCUGGGGAAAGACAUCCGUGAUUCCGAGGAAGUCAUGGUGCAAUUGGCCAAAAGACUGCGCCAAGAGAGACUCAAAUUCAUCGCCACACAAUUCAGACACGGCGUUUAUUUGCCACGGAAUAAGGAGAGGUAG